AUGUUCGACCUGCCUCAAUACAUCGUCUGGUCCAACCCCACCCCGGCUCACCCGUUCGGCCUCCAACUAUGGCCCAUCUUCAACAAGGCGUUCGAGCUCGUGACAGGCUACGAAGCAGACGACUUCCAGUUCGUCCCCUUCCACACCUUCUUGGCUAACUUCCCGCACGCCAUCUCCAUCAUCUUCGCCUACUACAUCAUCAUCUUCGGCGGCCAGUUCGUGAUGAACAGGUUCGACAUCCGCCCAAUCAAGCUCAACCGCCUCUUCCAGCUCCACAACCUCUUCCUCACGUCCGUGUCGCUCGUCUUGCUCCUCUUGAUGGUCGAGCAGGUCUUCCCCAUCUGGUACUACCACGGCCUGCUCCACUCCGUGUGCUCCAGCGACGCCUUCACCAAGAGGUUGGUGUGUCUCUACUACCUCAACUACUUGACCAAGUUCCUCGAGUUGUUCGACACCGCCUUCUUGGUCCUCAGAAGAAAGAAGUUGCUCUUCCUCCACACCUACCACCACGGCGCCACCGCCCUGUUGUGCUACACCCAGAUCGUCGGCCACACCUCCGUCGAGUGGGUCGUCAUCUCCUUGAACUUGUCCGUCCACGUCCUCAUGUACUUCUACUACUUCCUCUCCUCCUGCGGCAUCAAGGUCUGGUGGAAACAGUGGGUCACCCGCUUCCAGAUCAUCCAGUUCUUGAUCGACAUCUGCUUCAUCUACACCUGCACCUACACCUACUACGCCAACGUCUACUUCGACGGCAUCCUCCCCCACUUGGGCGACUGUUACGGAACCCAGGAGGCAGCCUUCUACGGUUACGUCAUCAUCACCUCCUACUUGUUCCUGUUCAUCUCCUUCUACAUCUCUGUCUACUUGAAGAAGGACACCAAGAAGGCCGUCGCCGCCAGCAAGGACGCACCAGCACCAGCAGCACCUGCUCCAGCCACCGCUUCCUCCGCUUCUGCCAAGUCCAAGAAGUCCAGGAAAGCUUGA